CACCAGAAAUUAAAAUCAUUUAAAAACACGCUCUAACUAAAAUUUAUUAAAGAUAUAAAUUAUAACCGAGCAUCCCACGAAUACUGUUCAUCCUGUCUCAUGAUACAAUUUUAACGGUGCAUUUUGAUUCUUAUGAAAUAUUUACAUUCUUUGUUCUCGCAAUACUAUAAAUUAGUCAUUAUUUCUAUUGUAAUCGUAAGGUUAGAAGUUUGAAACUUUCACGGUAUAUUUGAGGUUAUCUAGGAUGCAACGCCAUAAUUCUGUCAUUUGCAUAACCACCAAAUUCAUUUUUAUUUUUCUGGUAGAUAUACCAACUGCGGAGUAAUGAAUUAAAUUUUUGUUUUGUACGUAAGGUUAUGUUAGCUCGAGCUGAUUCUUACCAUGAUUAUACACGUACAUAAUUUCAUUCUUAGUUAAUUUCAUAUCGUGUUUGAUAUUCGUGAUCGCGCGGUUUGUGCUCGAUUUGCGAUACGAUAAAUGUAUCGGGAACGUUGGAAAAGUUUUCGAUCGAAAUGGCAUUAAGCAAAAAGAGUCAGAAAUUGAAAUGUGCAAGUCAGGCAGAGAUUCUUCGAUCGCAUCAAAGAGACGAAGACUUCGUCAAACACAUGCGAGAGAAAGUUAUAGAUCUUCUGCAGAUCGUUGGACGAAGAACGGGUACCUUAUCCUUAGUUAACUCCGAUGUACCGUUUAAACUGAUUUACUUCUUUUUUACGUCGGGAAUGGGAAAUCAAACUCUAGGCGAAGAAUAUACUGGAAUAGUGCAAGCCAAUUUAGAAGCUCGCAAAGUUCCAUCGUUACUUGCAAGGGUACUAUCGGUGAUUUUAGAAUGCUUAGGGGAAAAGGCAUUGUUAAAAAUAUUAAAAAGGUUACAGGCAUCUGUUAAUCAUCCCCAUAGCGAAUUGACCCCUGUAGCUGUUACCUUUUUAAAUUCAUUUAUAUCAAAAAUGUCUACUAUGUUACCUAUUUUUAUACUGAUUCAUAAGGGAUUAUUUUAUAUGUACGGUCGCUAUUAUAGCCUAGGUAAAAGAUUAACAGGAAUCGAUUAUGCAAAGGUGUAUGGUCAUCGUCCAACUGAUAGUAUCAGUUGGGGAUUAAGGUUAUUGGGAAUUGCUACACUUGCAGAAUGUGUAUUAAAAAUUUGGCAGAACACGUAUAAUGAUAACCGUAACAAUAACUACCAAUCAUUAAAUGAGAAGUACACUAGAUCAAUGUGCCAGUUGUGUCUUGAAAGAGUGCCAACGACUACCACA